AACCGGAAGUGUCAAUGGGAAUCAGCUGUUUGUGAGGGAAUUGUGUGGAUACGGUUGUCCACCAGGAGAAACCACUGACGUCAUGAAUUCGAACACAACCACGUUGCCCAUCAACGGCACGACGUUGAACCCUGCGAGUGAUGACGUCAUAGCUCCCCAUUGGGGGUAUAUCUCCGCGGCUGCAGCUGUCAUAAUUUUAGGAAAUGUUGUGGUGCCAAUCAAACGAUUCGAAACUGGUGAUGGUUUAUAUUUUCAACUCAUGUUUUGUCACGGAGCCCUCUUCGUUGGCGCCAUCGUACAGCUGUUUCGAAGCCAAGCUGAAUUCUAUCCCAUCGUCAUGCUUGGCGGUGUGGUAUGGAUAACGGCCAAUCUAUUCAUGGUGCCUAUCGUGAAAGCCAUAGGCAUGGCACAAGGGAUGUGUGUGUGGGGGAUCUGUAAUAUGCUGAGUGGCUGGGCUACGGGCAGGUUCGGGUUGUUUGGUAUACAGAAGGAGGAACCUGAUUCUAUCCUACUAAACUAUGUUGGUGUCCUGUUCUGUAUAAUAAGUGCUGUGAUAUUUUCAUUCCUGAAACCAGACAUUCGCAAGGUUAAAGAACAAAUACAGACAACCUUCCCAACUAACCCUUCUGGGCACUACAACAGUAUUGAUCCUAUAAACAGCGCAGCGACACCUAGAUCUCUGUCGGAAGAGAGCUUGUUGAUAACGCCAACCAUCAAACACACGGAGGAAGUGAAAAUCUUUAUUGAUAAAUUGCCUCCAACCAAGAAAAAAAUUAUAGGCAUUGCCAUGUCUGUGGUGUCGGGAGUAUUGUACGGUCAGACAUACACUCCGUCCAUCUACAUACAGCAGUCACGUAAAGGCUCCAGCCAGUUUGGAAUGGACUACGCCUUUGCCACGAUGUGCGGACUAUUUGUAGGAAAUACAGUUUACUUCUCUAUAUACUGUUUUGUGAUGAGAAAUAUACCUCGGGUCUAUCCUCGAGCAAGCUUCCCGGGCCUACUAACCGGACUCUUGUGGGGAACAGCCAGUUCUCUCUGGUUUCUAGUCAACGACACGCUGUCAGAAGAUGUCUCCUUCCCGAUUAUGACUACUGUGCCGAUCGUUAUCAACGCCACAGUGGGCGUCGUCUUCUUCCGGGAAAUCAAGGGCAAAAGGAAUCUAUGUCUGCUGUUUCUCGGGAUAGCAGUGACAGCUGCAGGGGCAGCAAUGUGUGCGCUGUCCAAACGGCCAGUAUAACUUAUAGUCCUACAUCCUCAAUAACCAGUGCAAUAUGUUGGGCAAGUGUUAGUAGUCCCAAUAUCAAAUUACUCGUACCGGAGAACUCUAGGACAUUAUUAACAUUCCAAUUUUUACUAUAAUUAUCCUCUUCAGGACUAGUUUUCAAAAUGGCCAGUCACAACUCGUAAUGCUUGGACCAAUGUUCUCGGCAGUGUGUUCUGUCUUUCAGAUAAAUGAACGUAUGUGAUAGACCUUUGUCUCUAGAUACGGCUGUGAUGUGUUAGAUAUUCAUAUUUUGUCUGCAACGAUGAUUUAAGUGCUUUAUGAGUUAUUCAAAAAUUACAAAAUUCAUAUUUCACUUAAAGUCGUUUGAUACAUAUAACUUUGGUAACUACAAUAUAUAAUAAAUUUUGAUAA